GAAUGAGGUUACUUCACCUUGAACGCGUCAAGAUCAACGCGCCAAGCACAGUAUUAUCGUCGUUCCAUCCCUAUGAGACAUUCUGGAGAUUAUUUCUCAGAUUUUAAAUAACUUCUUUUGAAUCGAACGAGUGGCCGGGCUUCUCGGCCCCUCACGAUCCAGUCAUCAAGCAUCUCCAAAGACUCUGCUUUACGCAUCAUCCCACAGACUGCACAUGUGAGCUAUGGAUUCAACAAACGGUGAGCAAGCUCGCUUUGAGCUCAUAGACGCACACGUCAAGAGCGAAAACACACCGGCCGCGUCGCCGCAGCCUUUCAUCGCCGACUCGACGCCGGCUACAGACUCAAAAUCACACAUUGUACCGACACCUUCGGCAGAAGACAUGGUGGCGACCAACGGCGCACAGCCUUCCAAGAAGAAAGGCACAGCAAAAGUCACACAAAAGCCGGUCAAGCGGCCGAAACCUUCGGGACCACCCAAGAAAUCCGCCAAGAGAGUCAAGGCGGAGGACGCACUCGCGGAGGAAGGGUCACAAGCAGAGAUGGAAGACGGCUCCGACGAUGACAUAUCAGAUGAUAACACCUACUGUAUCUGCAAGGGAAAGGACGACCAUCGAUGGAUGAUCUGCUGCGAGAAGUGCGAGGAUUGGUUUCACGGCGAGUGCAUCAACCUGUCCAAGGAGGUCGGGGAGACACUCAUCGAGAAAUUUAUCUGUCCGAGGUGCACGACCGAUACAUUUACAUCACUCUAUAAGAAGACGUGUGGGCUAAAAGGGUGCCGCAAGCCAGCCAGGUUGGCGGCAGAUGGGGAUUACAGUGUAUUCUGCUCGAAUGAACACGCCCAGAGCUGGUGGGAGAGAAUGGUGUCGCGGCUGCCCAAGAGCCGAGGCAAGACGGGACUAAGCGACGAAUUGACACAGGACGAGCUCAUGGCGCUCCUGGCCAGUGGUAUGGGGACUGUGGGCGAGGACGGCAUGUUCCGGCCGGUGAAGACACCGUUUCAGGAUGGUGUGCCCAAGCUGGCGAACGGCGAUGGCGGCAACGACGGUGACUCAAAGGAGGACCUGUCACAUAUACUGACCGCUGAAGAGACAGCCAUCCUUCAAAGGGCGGAGAGAGCCCGGUACAGUAUGGCGCAGGAGACGAUACUAUGUGAUCACAUGAGGACCUUGAUCGAACUAGCCAUGAAGCGCCACCGACUGGCCGUCAAGGCUGGACGGCUCGCGAAGAACAGUUGCGGCUACGACCAUCGGCUCGACACGGUUACUGCACCCAAUGCCUUCGCCGCCUUCAUCAAGACCCCUGAAGGCGAAGCGAUUCUCAAGAACAAGAGUCUCAGCGGCGGCGUCGACAGUGACGACGACGAUGACCUGCGUGGCAUGUGUGAGGCCAGGCCUUGCAAGGCCCAUCGGGAAUGGGCGAAGAUACUGAUGCAUGGUGUCAAGUGUCAAAUCCGCGAAAUGGUCCGCCAGUCAGCCGAGAUUGAUGACGAGGAGAGGGUUGUUCGCGAUGCGGCCAAGGAGCGGUGGAAACGAAAGCUCGCUGAGAACAACUGGGUAGAGGCCAUUUACGACGACGACUGAUCAUCCGACGUCUGUUUCGCGUUUUCUUUGCCCACGGAGAAUCAUGGCAUGGAGUUCAGGCGUUUGUGAGCGGCAAACGAAGUUAAGCCUACCUUAGUGUUCGCCCUAUCCCAACGUUUCACAUCAGCUGAAUCUUAUGUUAUCCAGGGUCUAAUUUGCCUCGAAGCUGAGAAACUAUCGUACCACCACGGUGUCCUAUUCCAGGGCGUUUGCUCCCAUAACGCCCACUAUUCAGCCGG